AUGACCUUUGGAAAUGGCCUUCCGGGAUACGAGGUUGGGGAAAAAACAGCACCAGGCCUCCUGGUCAUCCAGAAUGACCUCAUCAAGGAAGUGGCAAUCAUGCUGAGCAAAGCUGGCUUCCGCUGCCUCAUACCUGACCUGUACAAGGGGAAAAUCGGCCUGGAUGCGGAGGAAGCGGCCCAUCUGUUGAAUGAACUUGACUUCCAAAACGCUGUGGAAGAGCUGAAGCAAGCGGUCCAGUAUCUUAAGUCCACGGGGUCCGCCAAGGUGGGCGCGGUUGGGUUCUGCAUGGGCGGUGCGCUGUCGUUCUGUGCGGCCCAGCAUUGCGGCGUCACUGCCGCCGCGCCCUUCUAUGGCACCCCAAACGCCACCAUCUGCGAGGUUGAGAAGAUCACGGUGCCCGUCGAGGCACACUUCGGCGCCUUGGAUACGAUUACGGGCUUCUCAGAUGCGGCGACUGCUAAGGCGCUGGAGGAGAAGAUGAAGCAAGCUGGUGCUCCUGCAACCUUUUACUACUACGAACGAUCGGGACAUUCAUUCUUCAAUGCUGUCACUUCCAAGGCCACCGAAUAUUUCGCGAAGUAUGGCUACCCUGUUCCUGCCCCUGAGGAGGUUUCUUUGGCCCGUCAGCGGUUGGUGGAUUUCUUCUCGAAGUACCUAUCCUGAGGUCGCCUUCAAAGGAGCUUAUUUCGUGCCAUUGCAGCCUCAGUAAAGAAACAGGGUCAAGUGACACGUUUCUCCGGCCAUGGUCGGGCGUGAUACUGCGCACGGUUGACUUCGGCGUCAGACUUUCACAAUCACUGGCGCGGAUAAAUACGUCGUUAUUUUGCCGAUUUAUCCUAACACCGUUCCUAAACCCGGGAUGUGACCAAUAUGGCAAGCCGCGAUCCUCCUUUCCCCCUGUGACCCCCUCUUACUUACCCUCGUCUGAAAUAUGCCUUGGGUCGCGAUGACCGUCAACGACAGUCGUUUGCAUGGAGUCUCCCGAGUAGGGCAAUUAUGUGCCGGGAGUCUCACGAAUAGGACAAGCGUUGGUACAGAGUUCUCACUAGCUUAUAUGUAGCUUAUAUGUGAUCUAAUGGAAGAACAUGGGAGUUCGAAGCCCUGUGUAACGAAUGGGCUCCUG